AUGACUCGGACACAUUUGCCUGGACCCGACGUCGCUUCACAGCCCAAAAUUGAGAUUCAGCUGGUCGGCCAGCAACCUCGCAUUGUCAACUCAUAUACCACUGGCGACCAAAUCGAUGGUACUGUCAUCAUCACCGUUGAACAAGAAACGCCUUUAGACGAUGUUCAAAUCGUGCUGCAAGGCUCAUCACACACGACCAUCAAUCACGUUCCGUGUGGCUGCAUAGAGUCAGAGCAUAUUUUUCUCGAGCUCCGCCAAACAAUUGAGGAGACUGAGUAUCUGCUCCCAGAGGUUCUAUAUCCUGCUUGCUCAUACUUGUUUCCUUUCGCAUUCGUUGUGCCAGGUCGUUUGCUACCACAGGCCUGUACGCACUCACUGACAAACCCCCACGUUCACCGUGCACACACUAUGCUUCCACCGACUUUAGGUGACCCUAUGCUAUCUAGUGAUGGUCAAACCUUGUUGGAUGAUAUGGCUUCCGACAUGAGCCGAAUUUCGUACAUUAUUGGCGUUGCUGUACUAAGGAAGUCCUCAACGGAUCACCGCCAGCUCGAAUAUUUGGCAACCCAUGCCAAAAAGGUGCGCAUCAUUCCAAUCGUGGAAGAAGAACCGCCUAUCAAUGUUGUCGAUCAUCCCUACUACUGCACGAGCAAAGUAAAGACUGGACGACAUGGACCCCUGCGGACCAAACUGGGCCGGCUUCUCGCUUCCUCGUCGCAACCCAAGCCAAUCCGCUUACUCCCUCCAGGUUAUUCCGGUGAUAAGGUGAGCACUGUAGCCAUAGUACAGCUCCGAUUUGACCCAGUGGGUAACGAGCAGCCCCCUCGACUUGGAUCAAUUACCAGCAAGCUUAAGGCGAGCACUUUCUAUGGCGCAACUCCUUGGGCGGAUUUCCCUUGCCAGUCCGGUGCGAUAUUAUCCGGGCAAGGCGGCCAGUGUGUAUUCACUAAGUCUAUCCCGCUGUUGACGAUGUGUGUUUCCUCAGCCGAAUGGGAGAAGCACUCAGCAUCAUCUGACUCUGACCGCCCCAACUCAAUACACCUUGUCACUUCCCGAAACUCGGACGACCCAUCGGUAUCAUUCUGCAAGGACGAGUAUUAUACCACCUCGGUCAUCGUCCCUAUCACCAUCCCUAACUCUAAGACCUUUGUGUCAACCUUCCACUCCUGCCUAAUAUCCCGAACCUAUUCACUGGAUCUCUCGUUGACCUACCAUACUCCUGGCAUGAAAAUUCUGAAACCAACUAUCUCCCUCUGUGUGCCAAUCCAGAUCAUUACCUAG